AUGAAUUAUAGUGACUACAACAGGGAGGAAUCUGAAAGCAUCGGCUCAGAUUCAGAGAAUAGGAUCCCUUCUGAAGAUGAGAACCUCGGGCCUGAAUUAAUCGAGGAAAUUGAACAAGCAUUUAAGAAGAUUGAUAAAGACGGAAAUAAUAAUAAGGAACUUCAAGAGCUGAUAUCUAAUAUUUUCCCACAUUUCCCUCUCCUUCCUGCAGCUGGAUUCCAAGUGACCAAUAAGGAAAUAGAAAAUAUAAUUGAUAACGUCGAUACUAAUGGAAGCGGUGCCAUUCAAAUAGAUGAAUUCAAAAAGGUAAUGAAGAAUAAAAUGCAAGAAAUUGACUUCGAUGAAGAGAUCAUUGAAGCUUUCCGUAUCUUCGACACUGAAGGUGGUUGCAAGAUCACUCUAGCAAAGAUUAAGGAAAUCCUAAAGAAAUCUGAUCCAAAGAUCCCUGAUGAUGAAAUAAACAUCAUCAUCAGAGAAAUCGACAAGCACAAUGACGGCACUUUCCAUUACGAAGAGUAUAUCUCAGAUAACUCUUACUCCUCCAAAAAAAGUAAAGAAAAACUCUAAACUC